GACGCAUCGAACUAGCCGGCCCUGCGCGCGUAGAAAUAAUUGAAAUUUGAAUAUCUCGCGGCUUGCGCUGCGAGCUGCGCCGGAGUCGCUGUGGAAGGCACCAGCCACACAGGCUCUCUGAGCGUCCGCAGCAAAGUCAAGAUGAUUCUCACACUGUGUAACGCCUGCGCCGCGACACUGCCUGAGGAGACCGUGCGCUGCGCCGCAUGCGCCACCGGCUACUGCUCGGAGCGCUGCGAGCGCUACGACCGGCGCCGCGGCGGCCACGGGAAGAUCUGCGGAGCUGUAGCAAGCGGCGGCGGUGCCGAACAAUACCACGCCGACAAAAAAUACGAGGAGGCCGUCGCGGACGCGGUCGAGGAGUGCGCGGAGGACACGGACGGCCAGACGUGCUACAUCUGUCUGGAGGACGGCUCGGAGGAAGGUCUCGUGCGCGGGUGCUCGUGCCGCGGGGCGUCUGGCUUCGCGCACAUUUCGUGCCUGGCGCGGCAGGCGAAGAUUUUGGUCGCGGAAGCCGAGGAGAGGGAUUUGGACGACGACGCGUUCGAUGCGAGGUGGCGGCGGUGGGAUACGUGCCGUCUGUGCGAACAAGACUACCACGGCGUCGUGAGGUGUGCGCUCGGGUGGGCGUGCUGGAAGACGUACGUGGGGCGGCCGGAGGGGGACGAGGUUCUGAGCUUGGCGAUGAGCCUGCUUGCGAACGGUUUAGCCGCGGCAGGACAUGACGAGGACGCGUUGCCCGUGCAAGAGGCAGACUUGGCUAUGAUGCGGCGCCUUGGUGACUCAGAAGAUAGCAUUCUCGUCGUGCAGAGCAAUCUCGCGAUGACGUAUGCUUCGCUUGGACGCCUUGAGAAGGCCCUAAGCAUGGAGCGAGAUAUAUACUACGGACGUUUGAAACUCGACGGCGAGGAACAUGAGAGAACCCUCAUGGCGGCCAACAACUACGCAACAGGCCUUCGUGAGCUAGAGCGCUUCGAAGAAACCAAGGCACUGUUGCUAAAAGUGAUGCCCGUGGCGCGACGCAUUCUUGGAGAAAGUGAUGGACUCACGCUCAAGACGCGGUGGAAUUACGCGCAGUCGCUCUACAAAGACGACGGAGCCACGCUCGACGAUGUCCGCGAGGCCGUAACGACGCUCGAGGAGACGGAACGGACCGCGCGGCGCGUGUUCGGUAGCGCGUACCCGACCACAGAGGGCAUUGCGGACGCUCUACAAGACGCGCGAGCCGCGCUCCGUGAGCGUGAGGCGUCGUCGCCGUCGCCCUCGGAAAGUUCCUAAGUUUGCGGUAGGUAUACCCCUUGGUUUUUCAC